AUGAGAGCUUUCAUUGCCGUCGUGUGCCUUGUUGCCGCAGUGUCCGCACGCUCAUUACAGUGCUGUUUAAAUGACACAAAAUCAUUAUUGUUUCAGAAACGUGACGGACCUGACCAUUGGACGGCAACAUGGAUGGCCAGCGAGGAGGACGUAAAGAAUGCCAAAGAAGGGGAAGUUAAAGAGAUUAAAGGAAAGUUACUCGCUGACGUCAAAGAAUUUGACGGUGCUUUGGAAAGAUUAUUGAGUGGAAAGGGAAAUAAGGAAGAUGAGAAAAAAGCAGCUGAUGCCCUUGAGGGAUCGGUCAUGCUGACCCUUAUAGAUGCUGAAGAAGAUGCUAUUGAACCAAUGGAUCUUGAUGUCCCAGAUGAAUGCUCCAGAGAUACUGUUGCCGGCUUGGGAGGAUGUGAAGAUCAGUUUGUUCGUAUAGGGCAGUGUCUGAGAGGCGCCGCUAAAGCCGUCCGUGACGCACUGACAUCAGAUAAAAGCGAUGUAGAACAGGUUUCCUUCGUCAAGGGAGUCAUCGUUUUAAUAGCAAGUGGAGCCGAGGAUAUUGGCAAACUCGCCAAAUCCUGUGGAUAUGCAAAGAGAGAAUUUGAGGACUGGGCAAAAGCCGGUUUGGUCAGUGAAGAUGAUUUAAAAGAUGUUGAUCCCGCUGAAGUUGAGGAAGUUGGAAAGAACUUGAGGAAAGAUAUGGAUGUUAUUGGACAGGAUCUGGAUCAGCUUUUGAAAGAAGGAGUUGAGAGCGAAGCUGCCGAGAGAGUUGAGGAACAUCUUGAAAGCGCUGUUGCCCUCGCUAUGCUGCACGAAGAACAGGGCGCAGGCUCUAUCAAACCAGCUAAAAUUGACAUUCCAAAAGGCUGCAGAAAAGAGGAUUUUGGAAGCGACUGCAAGGAAAAUUUUGAGAGAGUUGUCCGAUGCUUGAAAGGUGCUGUUGACGGAAUGAAGGCCGCCUUUGACAGUGAAGCUCCCGUUGCCCGCAAAAUCGCCAAGGUGAAGGGAAUUGUGGGAUUGGUAGCUAAAGCCACAGGGCCCAUUAAGGCACUUGCCAAGGAUUGUGGACAUGAAAAGAAGAGAGAAUUUGAGGACUGGGCUAAAGCUGGUUUGGCCAGUGGAGAUGAUUUGAAAAAUGCCGAUCCCGCGGAAAUAGAGAAAGUUGGAAAGAACUUGAGGAAAGACAUGGAUGAAAUUGAAAAGGAUUUGGAUGGACUUUUAAAGGAAGGAAUCGAUGGACCAGCUGCCGAGAAGGUAGAACAGCACCUUGAAGGAGCAGUUGCCCUCGCUGAACUUCACGAGAAACAGGGAGCCAAAUCUAUUCCCCCAGCAAAAAUCGAAAUUCCAAAAGGCUGCAGAAAAGAGGAUUUUGGUAUGGACUGUGAAGAAAAUUUCAAGAGAGUUGUUGGUUGCUUGAAGAAGGCUGUUCAAGGAAUGAAGGAAACCAUGGACAGUGAUGCUCCAGAGGUUCAAAAAGUUGCCAAAGUGAAAGGAAUUGUUGGACUCGUAGCCAAGGCAACCGGUCCCAUCAAAAAGUUGCACGAUGCUUGUACACAGAAGAGAUCUCUCGCCCGAUUCUUUAAUUAACCCUACUGCCAAGUUUUACUGAUACUCGACGGGUAUUUGUCCAUGGACUGAUGAAAUGAAUUUUUUAAUGUAUUAUUUUGUUUAAUAAAUAUUUUUGCAUAGUAUAAA